UGAACAACUGACAAAUUGUGGAUGUAUAUCUUGCAAACUUCCAGUGAACAUUUAUUAAGUACACAUGAUUUUGGUGCAGCAGCAGUGUUUGGAAACCCUACAGUAAGUUGUCCCAACAUCAGAUAGGAUCAAAGGCUCCUUCACUCUUCCUCUCCCCUCCCUUCCCCCAUCUCUAAGCCCCACCCGCACUGAGAGGACAACAGGUCCAAUAUAAGACUCCCAAACAAGAUUCAGAGUGCAUCUGGAAAACACACGUUUUACUGGGAGAGCAAAACGGUCCAUGAUGAUUCGCACAGCAAUUGAUCACGCAAGAAGGCACCCCGGCCUCAUCCCUCAGUUCUUCUUCAUCUGUUUGGGAAUGGGGGGAGCCUCGAUGUAUCUGGUUCGUCUGGCAAAGGGACCCCACGUCACAUGGAACAAGACUAAGAACCCUGAGCCCUGGAACCAGCUAGACCCGACCUACCAGUACAAGUUGGUGUCAAUCACCACUGACUACAACAACCUGAAGAAGCAGGGGCCAGAGUUCUAGACGUCACAUGCUCCACCAGCCAGGCCCUGAUCCAGGGCCAGUUCCACACUCUCCCUUAAUGACCAAGGUUGUGAUUGGUUGAGGAACAAACAGCUCUCACAGCACCCACUACCCCCCGAGUGUUGUGUCUGUAUAUAUACUGUCCUUUACUGCAUACAGAAUGUUUUCUAGUGUUGCCCUAGUAAAACUGGCCACACGUCAUUCCAUGUGGACAGAAAUGUGUUUCUAAAUUGUCUUAAAAUCUUCUGAAUUAGCUUGGUGUAUCUGCUGUUUUUAUAGUGUGACUUUGUAUGGUGCUGUAUGUAUCCGGUCAGUGUACCCAAACACAGAGUGUGUUUUCUGUGUUUGCUUUUCUCCCCUCACCAUGGACAGGGCUGUGAGUUUAGCUAAUUCACUUAUCAAGAACCGUUUGUGUUGUGAGGGAAGCCAGAUUGCAGAGGUGCAUUCACAGAGAGAUCCUGUCACGGUGCAUGUUUAGAGAUCUUUUCUGAUGUAGUUGACAUAGUUUGAAUGGAUACCAUUCAGACAAAAUGAAGUGAAAUAAAAAUUAUUCUUGUCUACUCUGAA